UCUGCGCGUACCUCCGCUUCACCGAUUUUUAUUCAUUAUCACGUCUUUUUUUUUCCCGCGUCAUGUAUUUCUGGGUGUUAUCGGCGUGUUAUCGCACGGAUUAUCCGAUUUUAUCGUGAUAUGUGGAGUAAACUCUGUGGUUUUUAGUGGUACAAGUUGGUAAAACCCCGGAAAGUUGAAAAUCCACUUGAUUUGUAUUCAAUGCACGCUAUCGAACGGAAAAACUUGGAAAAAACUGGGAAAGGUGCCGCACACUGAUUUCGCCGAAGCUAUGGCUGUGCAACUCGUUUGUUUCUCCGUGUUUUUGAAUUUGUUGUUUUUUGUGGAUUACUGAGGGGAGAGACAACAUGGGAGGGAGAUUAGUCGAGUGAUUGCCGAUUGUUUUGAUGGAGAAGUUGCUGGAGAUUGCCAACAUGUGGUGGCUAUUGUUGUUGAUGCUGGUGAGGACUAUUUCAUGUGCUCAUGGGGCUUGUGAACCCAUUAGGAUUGAGAUGUGCAGGGGAUUGGGGUACAAUGUCACAACUAUGCCCAAUCUUGUGGGCCAUGAGAUCCAGGGGGAUGCUGAUUUCACCCUUCAAACAUUCAGUCCACUUAUUCAAUAUGGAUGCAGCGCACAAUUGCACUUGUUCCUGUGCUCUGUGUAUGCUCCGAUGUGCACGGAGAAGGUGUCAUCACCCAUUGGACCUUGUCGAGGUCUGUGCGAACAAGUGCGAGCAAGGUGUUAUCCUGUUCUCCAGGGGUUCGGAUUCCCCUGGCCGGCGGCUCUCAAUUGCUCCAAAUUUCCGCCCAAGAACAAUCACCAGCACAUGUGUAUGGAGGGUCCGGGUGAACCGGGACCUGUCAAUCCCAUUCAGGCGAUUGGAGCUGGCAACGGUCCCUGGGGCUGUUCCUGGUACGCUAAUUCAGGAAAAUAUGUCUUCCUGAAUCGUUCAGGGAGGUGUGCAGCUGCCUGCGACGCCGAUAUCCUCUGGAGUCAGAGGGAAAAGCGGUUGUUCGAAGUCUGGAUGGCUGCCUUCACCACAAUCUGUCUAAUAUCCGUUGCCGUGGCAAUUUUUGCGCUUCUAAGACCGAGAAAUCAGAGGACUACAUUGACAAUCGGUGAAAAUGCAAUAGCUUUCCUGACCCUCUGCCACACAGCAGUUGCCAUCGGCUACGUAAUACGACUGGCAGCAGGUAGAUAUACAGUGGCAUGCACCCCAGCUAUUCCCCUCCAUCCCCAGGAUCAGGUGGUGAUAGCUCAACAACAGCAACAAUACCUCACUCAGGACGGCCUCGCCAAUCCCUACUGUGCCAUUGUCUUCCUCCUGGUGUACUAUUUUGGAAAUGCUGCCAGUGUGUGGUGGGUGGUACUGUGCACCUGGUGGUGCAUUGCAGCUCGAAGAUGGAUUCGUUCUUCAGCUAGUGCUGCCCUGAAGGAAGAGGGUUUUGGUCUUCAACAGGGCUUCUCAACCGUGGGAGCUGUUGUUGCCUGGGGCUUCCCAGCUGCUCACACAAUCGCUGUCCUCGUAACGCGAGACGUUGAUGCUGAUGAACUGACAGGAAGCUGCUUCGUAGGCCAGCAAAACUCUCGUUCCCUCUUGCUGCUGGUGCUCACUCCUCAGCUGAUCUAUUUAUUAGUGGGCUCCACUUUUCUUCUCUCAGGAAUAGCUACUCUCCUGCUUCCUCAUCCCUCAGUAAAUCCACCACCACCCUCGACAGUCCACACGAAUCCCUUGAUGAGACAAAGAGACGCAAAAUCACCAGCUGAAGUGCAUCGCCGGCAAAAAUCAUUGCUGACUCGAGCUGGAAUUUUCGCGUGUGUCUACGCACUCGUCAUGAUGUGUACAACGAGUGUAAUUCUGUACGAGUGGUGGGGAAGGGAUUCGUGGCUGAGAGCCCCAGAGCCCUCCAGCACCCCCAGGAUGCCCUCUCGACCGCAACUUCAAUAUUUCGUUCUCAAGGUGAUAGUCUCCUUGAGUGGAGGGGCAGCUGCUGCUGCCUGGAUCUGGUGGCCCAGUCUUCUCACCAUCUGGAGGAGAAUGCCACCCUGGAAACAACCCCCACACAAAUGUCAUCCUCAUGCUGUGCCUGUCAUGCACUGCUACAGUCCCACCUCCAGCUCCACCAAUCAUCAGAUUCAUCACUUGGGGCAUUUAGCACCUCCACAGCAUCAUCUACUGCAUCAGCAUGGGGUCAGUGGUGGAGGUAUGCCUCACAGGAGUCAUAAGAAGUACAGGAAGCACAGAAAAUAUCACAGUGGAAGUGAAACGCAGGUCUGACUCGAUGGAACACGUGUGGAGGAUAUUCUCGAUAAUUCGUGAACUAAUAAGGAAAUUUCGAUUAGUCAAGUGGUAUUUCAAAAAUCGAUAGCAUAUCAUCGACAUGAAAAAAAAAGACUGCAAGAAAUUAUCUCCCACUACUAAUACACAUCUUCUGAAACAGAACUCCUUCACGCGUGUAAAGAAUCAUAAAAAGUAUGCAGAUUAUUUAUUUUUAGAGAGGGAAUUGAUGUCAAACAUCGGGCCCAUUAAAUUGUAAAUAAUUAAUAAGUUUUCUUCCAUUAUUAUUAUUUGCAUGAGAUGUCGACUGCCUUUGUCUACUUAAUUAUUUAAGAAUAAUUAGAGAGUAAUUAAGAAUUAUUCGAGGCUGUAAAUACCCAUUUUAUCAUCGAGACGAUAAAAAAAAAUAUUACCGGUGCAAAAAGUUUUUUUUUCUGAAUACAUCUCGUACUUCUUGAUGUUUAUCAUCGAUAGGAGUAAUAGUAGUUCUGUAAGUACUCGACAACUGGCGUUUUAAUUUAGAUACGGAAAUGAAUAACCACUUGCAGGCAGUUCCAGAAGAACGAGGGACGAUUGUGAUACAAUCUCAUUUAAUUAUAGGCCAUAACGUUAGACUACUCAUUUAUGAUUCUAAAUCAUUAACCGAGUUUCAAGACUUUUGUAUUAUAGCCAUUUACUGAACAAUUUUAUAAAAUUAUCAAACAUUAAA